UGUGCUUAUGAAACCAAAGCAAAGCGGUAGCGCCGUUAACCAAAAUUAUCAGAGGAGAACUUGAACAACCUCGAAUGGGUUUGGACAAGUUCUGCAGUGCGGACGGAUCCGACCCGUUUUGGGAUUGGAACCGUACGUGGCACGCGGGGAACCCAGACCUGACCCACUGCUUUCAGAACACAGUGCUGGUAUGGGUCCCCUGUCUCUACCUCUGGCUCUGUGCCCCAAUCUAUUUCCUGUACCUCAAAAGCCAUGACCGAGGGUACAUAUGCAUGACCCACCUCAACAGAGCCAAAACCGCAGUAGGUUUUCUCCUGUGGGUCGUCUGCUGGGCAGAUGUGUUCUACUCUUUCUGGGAAAGAAGCCAACAUGACAGCAGUGCCUCCUCCUCCACCCAGGCACCUGUUUAUCUGGUCAGCCCCACCAUGCUCGGCAUCACUAUGCUUUUGGCCACCCUCCUGACCCAGUAUGAGAGGUUAAAAGGAGUCCAGUCUUCAGGGGUGAUGCUCAACUUCUGGCUGGUGGCCGUCCUCUGUGCUACCAUCACAUUCAGAUCCAAGAUCAUGCAAGCAAUCAAUGAGCCAUGGACGGUGUGUGUGUUCAAAUACACAACUUUCUACAGCUACUUCACUCUACUGCUCAUCUCUCUGUUCCUGUCAGCCCUCUCAGACCAGCCUCCUCUCUUCUCAGAGGCGUCCAGAGACACCAAUCCCUGUCCUGAGAUCGGAGCUUCCUUUCUGUCCAGAAUCAGCUUCUGGUGGAUCACUGGUAUGAUAGUAACAGGUUAUAAGCGUCCGUUAGAACAGAAGGAUCUGUGGUGUCUGAACUCAGAGGACCGCUCCCAGAGGGUCGUCCCUCAGCUUGUACGACGCUGGAACAACGAGUGCCUAAAGGUCAAAAGACCGGAGGAGAAGACUUUAUACUCCCCUAAGAAGGCUCCUCGGGGAGAGAGGAAGGAGGGUGUCCCCAUAGAGGAGUCAGAGAUCCUGAUUAUCAAGACCCACCAGAAGACUAGAGAACCCUCUCUGUUCUGGGCCCUCUGUCUCACCUUCGGACCCUACUUCCUCAUCUCUUCACUCUACAAGAUCAUCCAGGACAUUCUCAUGUUUGUGGGGCCUGAGAUACUCAGGUUGCUGAUCCUGUUUGUGAACGACUCUAGCGCCCCCUCUUGGCAGGGCUACUUCUACACCGCGCUGCUGUUCGUCUGUACCUGCUUCCAGACCCUCAUCCUGCAGAAGUACUUCCAUGUCUGCUUCGUCACAGGAAUGAGGCUACGGACUGCUAUAGUAGGAGCUGUCUACAGGAAGGCUCUGGUGAUCAGUAACGCAGCGCGGCGUACGUCUACAGUGGGAGAGAUCGUCAACCUGAUGUCGGUCGACGCCCAGCGCUUCAUGGACCUCAUCACCUACAUCAACAUGAUCUGGUCUGCUCCUCUACAGGUCAUACUGGCCCUGUACUUCCUGUGGCAGAACCUGGGUCCGUCGGUGCUGGCUGGCGUGGCUGUAAUGGUUCUGAUGGUGCCAAUCAACGGUGUGAUCGCCAUGAAGACCAAAACAUACCAGGUAGCUCAGAUGAAGAGUAAAGACAACCGCAUCAAGCUGAUGAAUGAGGUUCUCAACGGCAUCAAGGUGUUGAAGCUGUAUGCGUGGGAGCUGGCCUUCAGAGACAAGGUGUCAGCCAUCAGAGAGAGCGAGCUACGUGUCCUCAAGAAGGCUGCUUACCUGGGGGCAAUAUCCACCUUUACCUGGGUCUGUGCUCCCUUUCUGGUGGCGCUGUCUACAUUCACAGUGUAUGUGAUGAUAGAUGAGAGGAACGUGCUGGACGCUCAGAAGGCGUUUGUGUCUCUGGCUCUGUUCAACAUCCUGCGUUUCCCCCUCAACAUGCUGCCUAUGGUCAUCAGCAGCAUGGUCCAGGCUAGUGUUUCUAUGAAGCGUCUGUGUGUGUUUCUGUCUCAUGAGGAACUGCAGGAGGACAAUGUGGAGCGCAGGGUCGUAGCGGGCUGCUCAGACAGUAUCUCCAUUGAGGACGGGGUGUUCAGCUGGUCUAGAAACGACGCCCCCAUUCUGAAGAGGUUGAGUGUACAUAUCCCAGAUGGGUCUCUGGUAGCUGUGGUGGGACACGUUGGCUCAGGGAAAUCCUCUCUGCUCUCUGCUCUGCUGGGGGAGAUGGAGAAACUGGAGGGAUCUGUCUCUGUCAAGGGCUCUGUGGCCUAUGUACCUCAGCAGGCGUGGAUCCAGAAUGCCACACUGAAAGACAACAUAGUGUUUGGUCAGGAGAGGAAGGAGAGCUGGUACCACAGAGUGGUGGAGGCCUGCGCCCUGCUGCCAGACCUGGAGAUCCUGCCUGCUGGAGACGGCACUGAGAUCGGGGAGAAGGGUGUGAACCUGUGGGGUCAGAAGCAGAGGGUCAGUCUGGCCAGGGCGGUCUACUGCGACUGUGCUGUCUAUCUAUUGGACGAUCCUCUGUCGGCGGUCGACGCCCACGUGGGCAAGCACAUCUUCGAGAAGGUUGUCGGGCCCCAGGGCGUCCUGAAGGACAGGACUCGUGUCCUUGUGACCCACGGUCUGAGCUUCCUGCCCCAGGCAGAUCUCAUCCUGGUGAUGGUGGAGGGAGAGAUCACUGAGAUGGGCUCCUACCUGGAGCUGAUGGCACGUGACGGGGCCUUCGCUGAGUUUCUCAGGACGUAUGCAAACAAAGAGCAGGAAGAUGACGAAUCAGAAGAGGGGAGGGAGGAGGAAGAGGAUACUGAAGACUCUGCACCAAAGAAAGGACUGGAGAAUGGACUUCCUGCUGCUGUUAUUGGUCAGAACCAUACCAGUACAUCAGCAGUGAGGACAGAAGGAGAGGUCCUGGGGAAGAAGGCCAAGAACGCUGAGGUGGGGAGAAUCACUGAGGCUGACAAGGCCAACACCGGACGGGUGAAGUUGUCAGUAUUCUGGGAGUAUAUGAAGGCUAUAGGGGUGGUGCUGUCCUGUAUCAGUAUCUUCCUGUUCUUCAGUCACCACUUUGCCUCUCUCUUCUCUAACUACUGGCUCAGUCUGUGGACUGACGACCCAGUCAUCAACGGAACCCAGCCCAACAGAGAGAUGAGACUGGGGGUGUACGGAGCUCUGGGGGUCUCACAGGGCAUAGCUGUGUUCUGCUACUCCAUCUCUGUCUCAAUCGGUGGUAUAUUGGCUUCACGCUACCUCCACCAGUCCAUGCUGUACAACGUACUGCGCUCCCCCAUGUCCUUCUUCGAGCGCACCCCCAGCGGUAACCUGGUGAACCGCUUCGCUAAGGAGACAGACACCAUCGACUCUGUCAUCCCAAGUAUCAUUAAGAUGUUCAUGGGCUCCAUGUUCAACGUAGUGGGAUCCUGUGUGGUUAUACUGAUCGCUACUCCGCUGGUGGCUAUUAUCAUACCUCCCCUGGGAAUACUCUACUUCUUUGUCCAGCGUUUCUACGUGGCGUCGUCUCGUCAGUUGAAGCGUCUGGAGUCAGUCAGUCGUUCCCCGGUCUACACACACUUCAACGAGACGUUGCUAGGGACCAGCGUAAUCAGAGCCUUUGGGGAGCAGGAACGCUUCAUCAGGGAGAGCGACGGUCGAGUUGACCACAACCAGGAAGCAUACUACCCCAGCAUCGUAGCCAACCGGUGGCUGGCGGUGCGUCUGGAGUUUGUAGGGAACUGUAUCGUAAUGUUUGCUGCUCUGUUUGCUGUGAUGGCUAGAGAGAGCCUCAGCCCUGGGAUCGUGGGCCUGUCCAUCUCAUACGCGCUACAGCUGACAGCCUCUCUGACCUGGCUAGUGAGGAUGUCUUCAGAUCUGGAAACCAACAUCGUGGCCGUGGAGAGAGUCAAGGAGUACGAAGACACAGAGAAAGAGGCGGACUGGAGACAUGACCCAUCGUCUCUGCCUCCAGGCUGGCCCACAGCAGGCAACAUAGACAUCAGAGGGUUUGGUCUGAGAUACAGAGAGGACCAGGAACUGGCCGUACGCAACAUCACCGUAGCCAUCCACGGAGGAGAGAAGGUGGGUAUAGUAGGUCGUACAGGAGCAGGGAAGUCGUCUCUGACUCUAGGAUUGUUCCGCAUCAUCGAGGCGUGUGAGGGAGAGAUUCAUAUAGACGGAGUUAACAUCGCUACGCUGGGCCUACAUGAGCUACGCUCCAGGAUCACCAUCAUACCUCAGGACCCAGUGUUGUUCUCCGGCUCUCUGAGGAUGAAUCUGGACCCCUUCGAUGGCUACUCUGAUGAGGAGGUGUGGAGAGCCCUGGAGCUCUCCCAUCUCAAGAGCUUUGUGUCGGGCCUGCCGGACAAACUCAACCACGAGUGUUCAGAGGGAGGAGAGAACCUCAGUCUGGGUCAGCGCCAGCUGGUGUGUCUGGCCCGAGCCCUCCUGAGGAAGACUAAGAUCCUGGUUCUGGAUGAGGCCACGGCUGCUGUGGACAUGGAGACAGACAACCUGAUCCAGUCCACCAUCAGAACCCAGUUUGAUGACUGCACUGUUCUGACCAUCGCACACAGACUCAAUACUAUCAUGGACUACACCAGAGUGCUGGUUCUGGAUAAAGGGGAGAUGGUAGAGUUUGACUCUCCCUCCACUCUCAUCACCAAGAGAGGGAUCUUCUACAAGAUGGCUAAAGACUCUGGACUGGUCUGA